AUGGCCAUGAACAGACCAGGUGCUUUUAAUGUUGAGGCUUUUGACCCAGGUCAAGGAGAUGAUCCAUUGGCUGUAGCCAACGAUCAACCUCAAAAUCAUCAAGAAAAUGCUGAGGAAGUUGAUGAACUGAUGGAUGCUUUUGGUGAUGGUAAUGCUGAAAGACCAGGUGGUGGAGUGGUUGGAGGUAUUCGUGGUGGGAUUGGUGCAAGACGUGGUGGUGGAUUGAAUCGUGCUGCAGCUGGUGGUGGACCACGUCGUGUUAUACCUGGUGCAGCUGGACCAAAUCGUGCUGUAGCUGGUGUUCAAGGACGUAGAGCUGGUGAUGAACUUAACCAAGAACCAGUUGAUGGCGGUGUCAGGGACAGAGUCAGUUUUGUAAGUGGAGGUGUUGGUGGUGUAUGUACAGUUGUAGUUGGACAUCCUCUUAAUACUAUGAAAGUUAGAUUGCAAACAUCUCCAAUACCAAAACCUGGUGAAUCACCACUUUGCAAAGGAACAUGGGAUUGUGCAAAAAAAACUGUUGCAAAAGAAGGAUUUCGUAGUCUUUACGAAGGCAUGGGUGCUCCAUUGACUGGUGUUGCUCCAGUAUUUGCAAUAAGUUUUUUGAGUUAUGGACUUGGUAAAGAUUUACAAAAAAAUAAAAACCAAGAUGACGAAAUGACAUUGAUACAAUUAUUUAAUGCUGGUGCAUUCAGUGGUAUAUUUACAACAAGUAUAUUGGCACCUGGUGAAAGAAUCAAAUGUUUAUUACAAUCA